AUGGGCGACAAUGAGCAAAAAGCCCUUCAGCUUAUGGCUGAGGCGGAAAAGAAGCUGACACAACAAAAAGGUUUUCUCGGCUCACUUUUUGGCGGUUCCAACAAGAUCGAAGAUGCCAUCGAGUGUUAUCAGCGGGCUGGCAAUAUGUUCAAGAUGUGCAAGAACUGGACUAAAGCCGGCGAAUGCUUCUGCGAGGCAGCCACUCUGCAUGCCCGUGCUGGCAGUCGUCAUGAUGCUGGCAUGUGCUACGUGGAUGCGUCCAAUUGCUACAAAAAGGUUGACAUUGAUAACGCUGUCAAUUGUUUGAUGAAGUCUAUUGAUAUCUACACCGAUAUGGGACGCUUUACAAUGGCUGCCAAGCAUCAUCAGAGCAUUGCCGAGAUGUAUGAGGGUGAACCCAGCACCUUGGCCAUAUGUAUACAGCAUUAUGAGCAGGCAGCCGACUAUUUCAAGGGAGAGGAAUCGGUUAGUUCGGCCAACAAGUGCAUGCUAAAAGUAGCUCAAUAUGCUGCACAGCUGGAGGAUUAUGAAAAAGCAAUAUCAAUAUACGAGCAGGUGGCUGCCUCCUCUCUCGAGAGUUCACUUCUCAAGUACAGCGCCAAGGAAUAUUUCUUUCGAGCCGCUCUCUGUCAUCUGAGCGUUGAUUUGUUGAAUGCGCAGCACGCGAUUGAGAAGUAUGCGCAACAGUAUCCAGCAUUCCAGGAUUCCCGAGAGUUCAAACUUAUCAAGGUCUUGUGCGAGCAUCUUGAGGAGCAAAACAUUGAGGGCUUCACAGAGGCAGUCAAGGAUUAUGAUAGCAUCUCACGCUUGGAUCAGUGGUACACAACAAUAUUGCUUCGAAUUAAAAAGGCCGCCGAUGAGGAUCCAGACUUGCGAUAAACAAUAAAAAUCUAUUAAUGCAUAUAAUUACAUACCUAUAAAACUAAUUAAAUGCUUUUUCAGUUCCAUAAAAAUGAUAAAAAAAAAAAUACCUAUAUAAAUUAAAUAUAUCUACAUAUAUAUAAAACACAUGAACUCAAUACGAAGAUAAAGUGAAGAGCACUUUAAUUCAACAUACUAAGCUACUUGAAAGUACAUAAUUACACAUUUAAUAUGCUCAGCACCGUUUUGAAAUUGAAAUUGAAGAUUUUAACUCUAUAAUUUUCAGUCAACUGCAAAUAAACUAGCAAAAUUG